CGAAUUUCGUGAGUAGCGCCAUAGCGCUACAAAGUCACGCUAUCCAGCCUUUUGCACAUGCUCAGUGUUUCGCACUGCAGGACCCAUACACCAAAGACGGGGUUUCUCGAGGCGACGUUGUAGAUGAAGAAGGUAAACCUUUCCUAAUCCAAUAGUGAGCAAGUUGAUCUGGACUUGGAAUAAGGUUCUUUUCUGUUUGAACACUGAAGAAGUGGAUUAAUCACAUCCAAUUACUGCUUAUAACAACUGAAAUUCAUGUAUGUCUUUCAACUGGAUUUUGUCAUUGAAAAAGACAGCCCAAUUUACACGAGGCUUUUGUGACAGAAGAGGGCAGGGAAUUGCUUAGCUUCCAGGUGUUUAGCCUCGUAGCCUCCAUCUGAUUAAUUGAUGUAAAUGACCAAGGAGCCUGCUGAGUGAAGUGAAACCAGAGCAGACAGGGCUGCCAUUGAUGGUGUUUCAUGGAGCCAAGCGGCCAUGACAACUGGAACAGAAGCGGCUAAAUCUGAGGUGAGCCUGAAAGGUCCAUGCCUCGCUUAAAGGGCUGGCCUCAAUCCGAGCAUAUGAUGGAAGCACAAGUGAUUCCCCCUGGGAUUGAGGCUGGGGAUCUCCCCAAUGGGCCCCCUCCUGCUGGCUGGCUGGAACCCCUGGAUGACUUUGAGGAGGACGAAUAUGACGGUGAUCAGGGGUUCCACACGGGUGGUCACGAGAAAGCUGGCACAGAGAGAGACGUGUUGCAGAGGACUCAUCGGGAUGGCUUCUGGACUGUCUCCAAGCGAAAGAGGACUUCCAAGGAGCGGGAUGAGUUGUGGAUUGACUGUCCAAAUCUGGGAAAAGGAUGGAAGAGAAAAGAGGUCUACCGACACUCAGGGACUAGAUCAGACACCUACUAUAUGAGUCCAGAUGGUGUCCAACUGAGGAGUAAAGUUGCGAUUGCCAAUUACUUCCCCUCCACUGACCUCCGCAGCUUUGACUUCAAGAAAGGAUUGUUCAGGACAAAAUCAAAGCGGAAACAAUUCAACAACUCAGAGUACGGGAUCUCCUCUGGACAGACCACCUCAUCUGAGAGGUCCUCCACCCCGACUGCUCUGCCUGGAACACCCCAAAGUGUCAUCACACCCCAACGUCCAAAUUCAAAACUCACCUCUAAGCCAUCCCGACCCUCCAGCGACUUCGGCAGCCCCCCGCACCUCACCCCGAUCUCCCCGCUGGUGCAACAGGCCACUCGUUCACCCUUGCUCUACCCUAGAGACCUCAGCCCUGCUACCAGCCCCAGUAAAAUCGCCAGAAAUGCUCUGCUCCCCCAGACGUGGCUGCACCCUGCGCUGGAACCAGUGAGCCCCGAGAGACCCAAAAAUGAACGGCAUUCUGUUGCAUCGCACAGACAUGGCUCUGUGAAGGUUCAUCCCACAUUCCCCUCACCUCCACUGACACGGCACGUCAUGGAUCCAAAAAUGGUGCUGACUGCAAACCGGCAACGUCCUGUGGUCAGGAAUUGUGCCAAGUGCCGACGUACCUUUUCUUCAGUGGAGGAUAGGGAGCUCUGUAUCUCGUGCACUCCUUUGAAGAAGCUUACAAGACCCAGUCGGAAUAUUGUUGUCAGGAAGAUCGCUCAUGGCAAGUGGGUCCUUGCCAAUCCUACAAAACUGAAAACAGAGAAAUCCCAGAGACAGUCGGAGCUCAAAUCUAAAAAGCAUCCUCAGAACAGUGACUCUGAAGACUAUGAAGACAAAGGAGCUGAAUCUCAGGCUAUUAAGAAGCGAAAACGUCGAGCGUGUCUCAAGUGUGAGGCCUGCCGUCGGGAAGACUGUGGGAAAUGUGACCACUGCCAGGACAAGCCCAAGUUCGGGGGCCGCAACACAAAGAAGCAGAAGUGCAGAUUUCGACUGUGUGUUUAUGAGACUUCUAAGAAAUAUAGGAGCAAGAAAGCAAGGCAGGAGAUGAAACAGGAGACCAAACAGGAGACCAAACAGGAGACCAAACAAUAUGAUUUGGGGUACAUCCCCACCAGGCCACGGUCUAAAAGGAAGCACAAGAGACCAGUCUGGAAGGAUGACUACACCGACUCAGAAGACGAGGAGGAGAAGAAACAGAGGAAGCAAAGUGAAAGUGUGGACAGGGACUGGGAGGAGGAGGCCAAUGAAGAUGAAGAUGAAGACUAUGGCAUGUUUGAGUUAGAACAGGUAGCUGUGAAUGAUGACAUCAGCAAUGACUAUGUCAGAGGCGCAGUGAACACUGAGGAGUCUUCGCACACAUUCCCCUUAGUCUUUCAGAACGGAAAUCUGCAGAUGGAGAUGCAGCGCAGCUAUCUACACACCAAUGGAUCAGAGGUGCCCAUGAUUGUGUACAGUUUUGUAGCUCCACCAGCAGGAGGUACUGUGGGGCUCAGUGAAGACGUGCAGAUGAUGAGCAUGGACAUGGGUGCACCCGUCGAAGAGGAGGAGCCAGUUGAACCAGAAGACUCACCACCUGUUACGUCUGGAAUCUUCCGUCUUGCCGACGGCUCGGAGCCUCUGAAGGGCUCGGGCGAGUCUGAGCUGCUGGACCUGCUGGAGGCGCUGCGCGGCACUGUUCUGCCGGCCCACUGGCUGGCCGUGCUGGCCAAGGGUCCGGCGCUGCAGCUGCUCCAGUGCUCGCGCCGCUCGGCCAUGGCCGACACGCUGCUCCAGAUCGAGCCGGGCUUCCGCUUCGGCCUGAGACUGCACGGCCUGCCGCUGCCGUCGGCGCACCCGGUCUACGGGCGCCAUCCGACGCGCCUCGCCACCGUCAGCGUGGUGGUGGAGCUGCUGCUGGACCUGGAGGGCCUGGCCGUGUGCCAGGGCUACCCGUGGGGCUCCGCUCUGGCCAACCAGGGCGUGCUCCACGGGCGAGCGGCUGGCUGCCACCUGUUGGUGGAUCCCGAGGAGGAGGGUGAGAGCUGCGACAGGUGCCACCCGCCUUUGUCUGACUGACCCAUGUAGGAAGAGGGGCAGGGUACCACUCCCUGCUGGACUGAGGUUCUGGCUAGUUCAGAAACCAGACAAGUCUUUGAAGGCCACUGACAGUUUGGUGCUCUUCCUGGUUGAGUUAUUGAAGCGUUGGCGAAAGCCUCUGGAAAAAAAAAAAUCCUACACCUGCUUUCAGGAAAACCCCCAUAGCAAUAUGUCUGUACGCACUCCUUUACCUUUUGAUCUGUCCAUCAACACUGCAUGGUGGAGGACUUGAAGCCAGGCGCAGCUGAGAUGGCACAUUUUUGGUGUUCUUCCUCUCUAUUCAGAUACCUCCCCAUCAACACUGAGGAUGCAUGGGGGAGGAAAUAAGCUGAGCACAUUGGAUUAGUCCAGGGGGAAAAAGGACAUGCCUCCUUGCCUUGCUAUUGCAGGUCGAUAAGCACAGUGAUGCAAAAAAGACAGGUGGUCUGUGUAGCAGAGGAAGUCCCCACAGAGAGAGGUCACCCAGGGGAAGUGGCACCAGCCUGUUGGAUCAGACCUGAAGAGCUGACCGAGUUUGCCACUUUGUAUUACCACUCUGAAAUUGGGUCCGUUGGGGUUUCUAUUGUUGUUAAAAGAGGUAAGACGGUGUUGUUUUUAAUGACUCAUAUAACCUCUGAAACCAUCUCUGUGGUUAAAAAGAGGUCAACGGCCUCUCCAGGUGCUACUAGACGAACAGUCUACUCUACUACUCUAUAACAUGGGCUGGAAGUGUUGUUUAACACUUUAACACUGUUUUUUUUUUGUCGUCCCCCCCACACACACAUUUUGGCAUUUUAUCACCCACAGUUGUCAUAUGGGCAAUAGGACCGAUUGGACCUUUUUGAGUUUGUCUUGAUAGAGAUUUGCCUUUCAUUGAUUGCCAAUAAAUCAUUGUAAGACAUUAAGAAUGACCUAAUUUUCCUUGUUUAUCUUCUCAGUGGAAGUAAAAUCUAUUGGAUUUUUAAAAAAGUCUAAGUUCAAAGUAUUAUUUAGCUUUACACUUGUUGAAGUAAAUCUGAUAGAAAUGAUUGAGCUUUUUUGUAGAUCUACAACUUUUCAAGAUGCUGUUUAAACUUGAGCUAAACCACUUAUGACGGUGGUCACGUGACCUAUUGUUGGUUUCCUUCUUCAUAAACCUCAGAGAAUGUUUUUACAUCAAAACAAACAAUACCAAAAUAUAUCCAUCAAUGUAAGUCCAUUUUUAUUGGCUUGCUCUGUAAAAUUGAGACAUGGAAUGGAACACUGGAAUUGUUACAACAAUUUUCCCUUCUUGUAAAGUUACUAUGUUGAAAAUAUUUCCCCCUAACUUUUGCUUUAGGAUGUCAAACAUUAUUCUGUGUAACCACAUUCAGAAUCUGAAUGAGUAGAUUACGUUUGGAUUAUGUGACUUGAAGUAGGAUUGUGUUCUGUAAAAUACAACGUUUGGGUAAUGAAUGUUGAAAUAUGUUCUUAUUCUACUGACAUUUUUUCACAGAUAGCGCUAUAGCACAGACAGCAAGUUUUAUUAAAGUGUGUGUGUUUCUUAAACAA